CAAACAGUGGUCACGAUCGGUGGUUUAAAUUGUGGAUUUGUUAUCAACAUUGAAGCCAAUAGCGUCACUAUCACAUUACACGAUACGACUAUGGAAAAACUAAUCAACGAUCCUAAUCGCUAUGAUUUUGGAACCGUGGCAAGAGUGUCGACUGACGGUAGUCCACAUGGGUUUCUCACACUAGUCGUAUGCUUAUCAGCUACCGUAGUCGCAACGAUUUUAGUCAGUCUAAUUGUAUUCAUGCUACGCAAGGCCACUAGGAAUGAAUUGGUUAUGAUGCAAAGUAUACGUUCGAAAAUUGAUAUCGAAUCGCAAAGGGUGUCAAAAGAGCCACAACCCAACAACAACACCACCCGACCGAUAUCAAGGAUUUUUACCAUAUUCGGCACAUCAAGGCAAUCAUUUGACUUGAACUGAUUGGAAGUUGGAGGAUUUUUAUGUAAAAAAAAAUUCGAUAAUCGAAACAUCGAAGUGAAGCCAAAGAAAUGUGACACAUAUUCAGUAUUUUUUUAAUUGAUAAAUAUUACCUCACAUUGUAAUUACCCAAUUCCUAAUUGAGAACAUGAUGUUGAUUAAGAUUUCCAACGAUUAGAAUUAGAAUUAUAAAAGUCCUAUUUUAUUUGAGUGUUAUCAAAAUUUGAAAUUAUGAAUUCAAUUAUUAGCUAAGAUUUGAUAACGAAAAAAAAAGUCAUUGAUAUUAAAUAAAUGUCCAUAAAAAGUUUAUUAAAUAAAAGUUGUUUCAAUUUUUGUUCAUUCUA